AUGGAAGCCAUCAUGAAGCAAGUCAAACACCAGUUCAGACAAAAAGAAGAGCAAGAAGCAUCAUUAAUCAGACAGCUUGAAAUAGUCAAACGUGAAAAAGAGCAACUACAACAAACAAUACAAAUUCUGUCAUCUUAUUCAGCAUCUAAAGAAGAAGCAGCUAGCAGCUCAACAACAAAGCAACCAAAAAAAGAAAUUGAAGAAAUAUCAUCCGAUGAAAGUCAAACACAAAUAGCACUCGAAACAGAAAAACAAACCAUGUCGCCAAACCAGGAGGAGUAUCCACCACUACAAGCAGAUCAUAUAAAUAUAAAGAAAUGUUACAGAACGAAAAAUGAAGCAGAAACCGCAUACAACAAAGCAUACAAAGCAGUAAUAAAAGAUAAUGUCGAAUGUUCAAAAAUAGUUCUCCUAACAUCACAAAAACCCAUAUCCAGCUUCACACCACAAAAACUUGUAUCCAUCCCAAGAUCCCUUAACCAAUUAAAUGCAAAAGUUGCCCUUGAAUCCAUUCUAUCAACCAAAGAAAAAGAAGCCAUGAAAAAACCAUCUGCCAAAAAAUUUGCCGAAUUAUGGGACAACCUCAUUUCAUACACCGAAGUCCAUUCCUUGAUGGGCUUUUAUCCAAUAGCCAGACGCCCAGGUCCUAAAGCCGUUUUCUUAGCCGACUUAUCAGAUCCUAUGACUUUAUGGGAUUAUUUUAUUCAUGGAUUCAUCGACACCAUCUAUCUAGAACGCACCAAUUUACACUGCAUCAGUGAGUUCCCUUCUACUGUGCAAACUAUCAUCAGAAAUUAUAAAAUACGAUUUGCAAAACAGGAAAGAGUAUUAUUCAUUAAAAUGCAUUCUAGCUAUCCAAUUUUUGAUGAAGACUCUCAACUAAUUGUCCCAAGUAUUACUUUCGCAAACAUGGGAAUAAGCAACGACUCAAAACCAACAAAAGAUGAUCUACCACGAGAAUCACCAACACAGGAUCAUCUAAUUUUUGCACUCGUCGGUGUCUAUUUAGCAUCAUCACGUAUAGGCAACGAUAAAGAUCAAAAGUCAAGAAUCAGAGUGAAUUACGCUAGUAAAACUUUCAUUAUCUAUUCGUUAACAGACAGUGAAAUCACUCCGGAAGCAAUGAAAGCAAUUGAAACCUUCGAACAACCUUUCGAAAAGUUUUCUCAUCAAUUAGCUGAAUUACCUGCUGAUAUCAAAAAACAACUUUGUAAACAUAUUAUGCAUGCACCAAGACACAAUUGCAGUCACUGUUGA